UCUGCUCAACUAUCGUAAAAUAUAUCAAAAAUACAUUGUUUGAACUAUGUGUUGUGUAGUUUUGUCAAUAAAGUUAUACACAUGUACGAAACGGAAGUUUGCCUAUGCGCAUUAGUGUUUACGUUGUGAACGGCGUGACACAAACGUUGAGGAAUUGAGUGAAGACGUCUACCUUGAGUAUUUGAUCAGUUGUCCAGGAGGUGGAGUUGAGUGUUUUGACUGUGAGUGAAUCCAUUGCCCUGCAAAAUGGAUUUCCAACACAGAGCUGGGGGCAAGACUGGGAGUGGUGGGGUUGCGUCCUCCUCGGAGAGCAACCGGGACCGGCGAGAGCGGCUCCGCCAGCUGGCCCUGGAGACCAUUGACAUCAACAAGGACCCCUAUUUCAUGAAGAACCACCUGGGCUCUUAUGAGUGUAAACUGUGUCUGACACUCCACAACAAUGAGGGCAGCUACCUGGCCCAUACACAGGGAAAGAAGCAUCAAACAAAUUUAGCGAGAAGAGCAGCCAAAGAAGCAAAAGAAGCUCCCGCACAGCCAGCCCCCGAAAAGGUGAAGGUUGAGGUCAAGAAAUUUGUGAAAAUUGGUCGACCGGGGUACAAAGUAACAAAACAGAGAGAUCCAGAGAGCGGACAACAGUCUUUACUUUUCCAGAUUGAUUACCCAGAGAUAGCAGAGGGCAUAGGACCCAGGCAUCGCUUCAUGUCUGCAUACGAGCAGCGCAUCGAGCCCCCAGACCGUCGUUGGCAGUACCUUCUACUGGCUGCAGAGCCCUACGAGACGAUCGCCUUCAAGGUGCCAAGCAGAGAGAUUGAUAAAGGCGAGAGUCGCUUCUGGACCCACUGGAACAAAGAUACAAAACAGUUCUUCCUGCAGUUCCACUUCAAGAUGGAGAAAGCCCUGGCCCCACCCAGCGGACCCGUACCCCCCAUGGGUAUAAAGCGCCCACCUCCCCUGAUGAGUGGGAUGGGGCCUCGACCCCCCAGUGAGCCCAUGCCCCCUCCACUUCCAGGGGGGAUGAAUAUGCCCCCUUUACCCCCUGGCGCCCCCGGCCCUCCCCAGAUGCACCACCACCAUCAAAUGCAGCACAGUGGCCCCGGAAUGGGUAUGCCACCCCUGAUGAGACCCCCACUCCCCUCUGACAGCCAUGAAGGAAUGCCCCAUCAAAACAACUGAUCUCCAACCAGCACAUCAUCCUUCUGUUAGAUUGUUUGCCUAUCAUUUGGUUGCUAUAACAGCGCCCCAUUUUAGGACUAUGUCAAGUGUACUGUUUCAUUGUGAGAUGUACUUUUUCUAAACUCUGAAAGAAACUUUGUAUACCUACAUAUAUUCUACAGAUGCAAAAUGGGCCAUAUUCAAUAGGUUUUGUACACAGUUGCCAAGGUAUUGGAUUUAUCAUGCUCGUCUAAUAUCCACACUAUCAUACCAUUUUUAGAAUGAGGCAAUAUAAUGUGCAAGCUUUAAGUGUUAUGCUAGUGUGGCUAUAGGAAGAUAUCCAUUGUUUUAGGCACUUUGUGAUGGCACCAAUAUUAAUAGGAUCCUGCUGUAUUGUAAAUGUUGAGUCCUGUGUAUGAAACAACAUAUUUUAAGGUUCUUUUUUAUAAUAAAACAUGUGGAAAAGUG